AUGCUCGCUGAGAGCUGCUGAGAGAGCCCGGCAGCACUCGCUGAGAGCUGAGGAGAGAACCCGAGAGCAGCGGAACAAGCCAGUCAGCACCCGCUUCCUAUUCAGCUUUCAAGCUGGAGGGGGAUCCUGGACAGCCACGUCGGCAUGCUCAGCACUGGAAGAAAAAGAGAGGCAACCGGAGACGGGCCACCGCCAGUCAAGGGAGGGACAUGUCGCAGCUAAGUACGAAUCUGGGUGAUUCCAGCCCUCCGGAGUCCCCAGUGCCUGCAAUCCAUAGCCGCCCUACGGUUCUGAUGCGGGCCCCGCCUGCUUCCUCCCGGGCUCCUCCUGUCCCUUGGGAUCCACCUCCAGUGGACUUGCAGGCUCCCCUGGCUGCUUGGCAGCCUCCUCAGCCCGCAUGGGAGGCUCCGGAGGGCCAGCUGCCUGUCUCAGUGGCUCAGCUGGCCCAGCCUCCUGGUCUAGGGGCCCCAAUGGUCCAGGCUCCGCCGCUUGGGGGGGCGAUGGCCAAGCCUCCAACACCUGGAGGCUUGAUGGUCCAUCAGCCCCCUCCGGGAGCCCCGAUGGCCCAGUCUUCAACUCCGGGAGUCCUGAUGCUACAUCCUUCUGUCCCGGGGGCCCCUUUGGCUCAUCCUCCUCCCCCAGGAACUCCGAUGACACACCCUCCCGGGACCCCGAUGGCGCACCCUCCUCCUCCCCCUCCUCCUCCUGGGACCCCAAUGACCCACCCACCACCGGGAAACCCGAUGGUACAUCCUCUCCCUCCUGGAACCCCGAUGGUCCAUGGGGGACCACAUGGAACUCCAAUGCCGCAUGUUCCAAUUACUGGGACACCGAUAGCCCAGCCGCCAACUCCAGGAGUCCUGAUGGCCCAGCAGCUGACGCCGGGAGUCCUGAUGGUCCAGCCGACUGCUCCAGGAGCUCCGAUGGUCCAGCCUCCUCCACAGGCAGCCUUGAUGACCCAGCCUGCACCUUCGAUUACUCCGAUGGCCAAGCCUCCAGGUCCUGGUGUCGUGAUGAUCCAUCCUUCAGGUGCCAGAGGUCCAAUCAUUCAGACUCCAGUAUCAGGAGCACCAAUGGCGCAGACAGUGCUGCCCCCUGGGCAGCCUCUGGCUACUUGGGCCCCACAGGGUCAGCCUUUGAUCCUACAAAUUCAGUCUCAAGUCAUAAGGGCUCCUCCACAGGUUCCCUCUGUACCACAAGCCCCCCAGGUACAGCUGGCCACAGCCCCAGGCUGGCAAGCUACCACGCCCAACUGGCAGGUGGCCCCCCAGGGGUGGCCGGCGACGCCUUUGACCUGGCAGGCUACGCAGGUGACCUGGCAGACCCCCACAAUAGCCUGGCAGGCCGCUUCAGCUGUGCGCCAAGCGGCUUCAUCCCUUCGUUCUGGUCACCAACCCAUUCGACCUGGACCACCUCCAGUGCUUCGCCAGAUACCUCCUAUCAUCCGUCAGCUCCCACCCUUGAUGCGGCAAGCCCCACCACUGAUCCGACAGGUCCCUAUCAGAUCAGCUACACAUGGCAUAGCAAGCCAGCCUCAGCUGUGGCAAGUCCUGCCACCCCCACCUCCACUGCGUCAGGCUCCACAGGCUCGCCUACUACUCCCGAGGGUAUCAGGAGCAGGCCAGGUGUCUACAGUACCACCAGUUGCUCAGAUACAUUUGGUGCCACAGUCAGGCCCACAGGUGCCCCAGACAGUACUGCCAGCCCAACUUUCUAUCCCAAUUCCUGUACCCCAGGCUGCUGCUCAGUCUGCUCCCCGGGCUGUGCAUUGCCCAUCCAUCAUCUGGCAGGCCCCCAAAGGCCAGCCCCCAGUGCCACAGGAGCUCCCAGUACUACAGGAGCUCCCAGUGCCACAGGAGCUCCCAGUGCCAGAGGAGCUCCCAGUGCCAGAGGAGCUCCCAGUGCCAGAGGAGCUCCCAGUGCCACAGGAGGUCGAGGUGCCACAGGAGGUUGCGGUGCCACAGGAGCUCCCAGUUCCACAGGAGCUCCCAGUUCCACAGGAGCUCCCAGUUCCACAGGAGCUCCCAGUUCCACAGGAACUGCCAGUUCCACAGGAGCUCCCAGCGCCACUGGAGUUCCAGGAGGUACAGCAGGCCCAGGCAAUGGGCUGGCGGGCACCCAAGGUACCUACUCACUUCUGGCAGCCCGUGCCUGCCCAGGAGGCCCAGGAGCAGGCCACUCAGAAGGCCCAUGUGGAGCAGCAGCAGCCCUUUCGGGGAGCUCGAGCCACUCCCAAGGCACGGCAAACUCAGCUGCCUACCCACCAGGCCCAAGCCACAGGCCUGCAGGCAGAACUGCCUUCAGUGCAGCUGCAGCCUUCUUGGCAAGGCCCACCGCCCAGGUUGCAGGCCCAGGCUAGAGCCUCUGCCCCACUGGCAAAUUUUCCCAGGGGCUCUACUCGAUCACGUAUGGCUCCAUCAGGAGAACCUGGCCCCUCUUCUGUAGAACCUCGGGGCCCUCCUAGGGAGCGCAGGGCACCUGCAAAGGACAAAAAGGGUCCUCCAAAAGAGCGCGUGAUAAUUGGUGCCACCUUUUGUGCUCCAAGGGGAGCAUCAGCUUCCAGGGCAUACGUGCCAACUGCCUGGAAAAACUUGCCUGCCACAUCAGAGACCUUUCCUGCCACCUCAAGGGGCUUUCCAUCUACCUCUCAUUUCCAGCCUGCCUCUUCUAAUGCCUUUAGAGGCCCAUCUGCCACCUCAGAGAGCCCAAAGUCACUGCCAUUUGCUCUGCAGGAUCCUUAUGCCUGUGUAGAGGCCCUGCCUGCAGUUCCCUGGGUUCCAUAUCCUGAUGGGAACACCUCAUCAGCAUGUAAGUCAGUGCCCACCAUCCUGAUGGUGGCAGCUUCUCCCCAGGCAAGUGCCACUGCUGCAGAGGCCUCCAAGUCUUCAGAGCCACCAAGACGCUCCGGCAAAGCCACCAGGAAGAAGAAGCAUCUGGAACCCAAAGAAGACAACUGUGGCCACAGGAUGCCCUCACGUGACUGGCGGGGCCCCCAAUCCUGGGAGAAUCCCAGCCAGAAUGACUGGGAGAUUCAAAGGGCUAUGCAGCUCCUGGGGGACCGGGAAUCCCUCUACACUCCACAGGGCCUGAAUGACUGGGGGUGCCCCAAUACCUCUAGGAUGCCAAGGAGCUUGGAGGGCCCUAGUACUUCACGGGACCAGGGAUUCUGUGGUGCCCCGGGUGGGUCUCAGACAUGGAUGGCCUCUGAGGUCCCAAGUGUUUCUCGGGGAUCCAGUGCUGCUCAGGAGGACCCUGAUAGGGAGAGUCAGCCAUUGUCUCCCUUAGAUGAGAGGGCAAACGCUUUGGUGCAGUUUCUCUUGGUCAAAGACCAAGCCAAGGUGCCUGUCCAGCUCUCAGAGAUGGUAAAUGUUGUCAUCCGAGAAUAUAAAGACGACAGCUUAGACAUCAUCAACCGUGCCAACACUAAGCUGGAGUGCACCUUUGGUUGUCAACUGAAGGAAGUUGACACCAAAACCCACACUUACAUCAUCGUCAACAAGAUGGCGUACCCUCAGUAUAAUUUUCUGCCAUCCUAUUUAGAGAGGCCAAAGUUCAGCCUCCUGAUGGUGGUCCUGAGCCUCAUCUUUAUGAAAGGCUACUGUAUCAGGGAGAAUCUGCUCUUUAGUUUUCUGUUCCAGUUGGGGCUGGAUGUCCAGGAGACAAGCGGUCUCUUCAGUAUUACAAAGAAGCUCAUCACCAAUGUGUUUGUGAGACACAGGUACCUAGAGUACAGACAAAUCCCGUUCACUGAGCCUGCAGAAUACGAGCUUCUCUGGGGACCCCGGGCAUUCCUCGAGACCAACAGGGUGCACAUGUUGAGGUUUUUGGCUGCAAUCUAUGAGAACCAGCCCCAGAUCUGGUCAUGCCAGUACCUUGACUCAUUGGCAGAGUUAGAAUACAAGGACGCUAACGACGACGAAUCCCAUGACAGCGAUGAUGAUCCCUACAACCCCACCAGCAGUCCCCAUCCUUACUAAUAGGUGGCAUUAAGAUGACUUUAUACCUGUGGGUCCAAAGCCAAAGGCAACAGACAAUGGGGGGUGGGGGGACAUUGUGCUUUUCUGGUGUUUUUUGGUAUUGUUCAGUGCGUGUAAGUUUUACAGCCUGUUUUUAUAUUUGCCAAAGCUUUUGUACAGUUUCGUGAAAUGUUGAUUCAAACUGGCUGCUGUAUUGUUUUGUAUUUUGGUGUCUACAUUUUUUAAAUGAGAUCUGUGGUUCCCUGUUUGGUCUCCUAAUUGUUACGUUAUAGUAUCAGAAUUGUGCUGCCUUUGUGAAAUGAAACGACAGUCUAUUUGUCUUGUUUUGUUUAUGUAAAAUCAGAAUGUUCUUGGAUGUAAAUAUGACUCAUCACUAAAAUACUGUGGAGAAAAGUGAAGAUCUAUAGCUAUAUAAAUAUACUUUCAGCAUAA